GGAAGCUGCAAUGAGCUUCCAAGUGCGUUUGGCACUGUUGAUCUCAUUAGCUCUCUCUGAACUGGAGGCAGUUGAGCUGACAUGCAAACUACUGGAAAAGUCUGAUCUGUAUGGAAUCCACAAGGAUGGAGAUGUUGUCAUUGGUGGAUUAUUCAUCAUUAACUUCCGAGUGUCAGUACCUGAUGUUUCGUUCAAGACCAAGCCAGAGAGCAUACCGUGUGACAGUUUCUAUUUCAGAUCAUUCCGAUGGUUGCAAACCAUGAUUUUCACAAUUGAAGAAAUAAAUAAAGAUCGAGAGCUCCUUCCCAAUAUAACCCUUGGAUACAGUAUCUAUGACAACUGUGGUAAAGUCCCACAAGCUGUCAGGGCAGCAGUCAGUGUGCUCAACGGAGUGGACGACCAUUUUGAUGAUCACGGUUGUACAGGAUCACGUCCUAUUUCUGCUAUUGUUGGUGAUCCAACAUCAACGACAUCCAUUGUUGCCGCAAGACUGGCUGGAGUUUUCAACAUUCCUAUGGUCAGUUACUUUGCUACGUGCCCUUGUCUGAGCAACAAGUUGGAGUUCCCCACAUUCUUCAGAACAAUACCCAGUGAUACCUUUCAAGCCAAAGCUAUGGCCAAACUUGUCCAACACUUUGGAUGGACUUGGGUUGGAUCGAUUGCCAGUGAAGAUGACUAUGGCCAAUAUGCAGUGCAAGCGUUCAAUGAUCAGAUAGAGAGAUCUGGGGCUUGCUUGGCCUUUUCCGAAGCCAUUCCGAAAAUCAAUUCUGAACAGAAGGUCCUUCAGAUUGUCGACACCAUCAAAAAGUCAUCGGCAAGAGUUAUUGUGUUGUUCGCUGGCGAGGUGGACGCAAUACCCUUGGCAAAGGAAGUGGUGCGUCAGAAUUUGACCGGUGGGACAAUCGGCUUUGCCAUUCAUAAAGGAGAGAUCCCAGGGUUGAAGGAAUUUUUACUGAAGGUCCAUCCAUCCUCGGCCCCUGGUCAUACGUUGAUAAAAAGAUUCUGGGAAGAAUUGUUCGGAUGCAGUUUUUAUUCAUUGGAUAACACCACCUCAAGCACCAUCUCUGAACCAGCGUGCACAGGACAGGAAGACUUAGAGGAAACAAACAAUGUGUACAGUGAUGUGUCAGAACUAAGAGCUUCAUAUAAUGUCUACAAAGCUGUGGAUGCAAUCGCUCAUGCACUUCAUAAUUUGCUUGCAUGUGAAACUAGGCAAGGGCCAUUUGUGGAUAAGUCCUGUGCUAACAUUUCAAGCUUUGAGCCAUGGCAGCUUCUUCAUUACCUGCGCAACGUGAAGUUUACGAACCGUUUUGGAGAGCAAGUAUAUUUCGAUGAGAAUGGAGAUCCUGUACCAUCGUACGAUAUCAUGAAUUGGCAAAUGAAUGCAGAUGGUUCAGUUAAAAUUGUUACCAUUGGCAUUUUUGAUGGAUCCUUGGCUCCAGGACAAGAACUUUCUAUUAAAGAAGGAACUAUUAUCUGGAGCGGUGGCCAAUUAGAGGUCCCAGAUUCUGUCUGUAGUGGAAGCUGUCAACCUGGUACAAGGAAAGCAACACAAAAAGGACAGCCUGUCUGCUGUUUUGACUGUUUACAAUGUGCUGAUGGAGAAGUAAGCAAUCAAACAGAUUCUGUUCAAUGCUUGAAAUGCCCAAUAGAUUAUUGGUCCAACCAGGGAAGAGACCAGUGUGUUUUGAAGGAAGUGGAAUUUCUUUCAUUUGAAGGCACUCUGGGCAUCAUAUUAGCCUCUGUAGCACUGAUUGGAGCCUGUAUAACAAUCUGUGUUUUUGCCAUUUUUCUUCAUUACCGAAACACCCCUAUUGUCAGAGCUAAUAACAUGGAGCUGAGUUUCCUCCUGUUGGGGUCACUGGUUCUGUGUUUCCUGUGCUCACUGUUUUACAUCGGCCGGCCAUCGCUGUGGUCCUGUGUGUUGCGACACACUGUGUUUGGGGUUAGCUUUGCUCUGUGUAUCUCCUGCAUUCUCGGCAAAACUAUUGUUGUGUUGAUGGCCUUUAGUGCAACACUACCCAACAACAACAUGAUGAAGUACUUUGGUCCCCUCCAGCAAGCAGCCAGUGUUUUGGCGUGUACCAUCCUUCAAGUCAUAAUCUGUGUUAUAUGGCUGAUCACGUCACCUCCAUUUCCCACAAAAAACACUGAGCACCAAAAGGCAAAGGUUAUCCUGGAGUGUAAUGUGGGGUCUGUGGCAGCGUUCUGUUGUGUGUUGGGUUACAUCGGCUUGCUGGCCAGCGUAAGUUUUGUCUUAGCAUUUCUAGCGCGAAAGCUACCGGACAAUUUCAACGAAGCUAAGUUCAUCACCUUCAGCAUGCUGAUCUUCUGUGCAGUUUGGAUCACCUUCAUUCCAGCUUACAUUAGCUCACCUGGUAAAUACACCGUCGCUGUUGAAGUCUUUGCAAUCUUAUCUUCAAGCUUUGGUUUGAUCGCCUGCAACUUUGCUCCCAAAUGUUACGUUAUUUUGUUGAGACCCGAGGAGAACACAAAGAAGCAUCUGAUGGGGCGAGGGAGAAGCAAACAGUAA